AGUAUAUAAAUAAAAAAUACUUCAUCUGAAGUUUUUUGAAAAUCUGAACAAACGCCUAUAGCUGUAAAACCCCUCAAGGCUUGUGGAUUAUGGGACCAGUUCUAUUUCUUCCUCUUCUCUCUUCUUCUUCUCUUUCUUCUUCUUCUCUCUCCUUCUUCUCUUUCUUCCUCUUCUCUUCUUCUUCUUCUGAAGUAUCUUUUUUGAAAGGAUGGUGUAAUUUUGAACUGCAACAGAGUUACCAAAUGCAAAUUUUAAGUCCAUUCAGAUUCACUAGGCAGGUUUGUUUUAGGAUUUAUGUCUUAACUACAUCAUUUGAAAGGUAAUAUUUAUAAUUAUUGAUGAUGUAACUUCAAAAAAGUGAAAAUCUUCAAUUACCGGUUAACUCCAAUUUGGUGACUGUUGCAAAUCUUAGUGUUUUGCAUAGAAUGAACAGCUUCAUUUAAUAAGUUGGUAUAAUAAGAGUAAUAAUUAUUGCCCAUGAAUAGAAUCAAUGCUAAGUUUGCUACAAAGCUAUUGCAUUCGACAUCAAGGUGACAUCAAGGUGCAAUAGGAUGGCAAAGAGCUUUAGGAUGACAAUAUAUCUUGCUACUUCUAAAAGGUGGCUUAUUGUUUACCGACAACUGUCUUGCCUUCUUCUUCAACGCAUCCAACUGUCGUACAAUAUAUUACCUUCAAGUCAUGUUAAGGGAUUUUUAAAAAAUCUAUAGCUAACUAGUAACAGCCCAUAGUGCAUUCCAUCUUUUCUCUCCGCCGCAUAUUCUCUCCAGGCAUAUGGGCGAGGUAGGAUUCCACGCCAACGCCACUUUAAGCUGAAUUCUCAAGGAAAAAUUUAUGUCGCUAAUUUCAUCCUUGUUUUGGGGAAAAUUAUUAUCCGACAAAAGUUUUGCGUGAAUAUUUCGAAUUUGAUCAUACGUUCUGAAAUUCUUCGACAUUCGCAUAUUUUCUGUCUUUAGUAAUUCUAACUCUUUUUUGUUUUAAACAGCUCAUAAACCGUGUGUUUUCACAAAUUGAUUUGAAAAGCGAAUACAGUAAACUUUGUUUACUGGCAUUCUAGUACAGACUACAGAAUUAAAAUUCAACCUCCCGCCAGACCAUUAAAACAAUGAUAUCUCCGCCAAAAACACUGGCAUGAAAAAAUCUGAUUUCUAGAAAGUAAGCUUUAUUCAGCAUCAACUUGUCUGCUAAAAACGCUGGUGACUGAUGGUACAAUUAUUUGCAUUUCUAAACCAGAAGAACGCUUCUAAUACUAUUUUCGCAUGAUAAACACACCAUGGAAAACUCCUUGUAGAAAACUUGGGCAUUAUGGAGUUCAAAGUCGUGAAUUGUCAUGGUUUGAAUCUUACUUUUCCAAUCGAAUACAGCUUUGGAGGUUCAAGAUGUUGAUUCUACUUUGUUAGAAUAAAAAUGUUGGUGUGCUUCCAAGGCUCUUCUUGUCAUGGUACCUUAUUGUUUCUUAUUUAUGAUAACGAUAUCGAAGAAGCUUUCUUUGAAUACAAGAGUUAGCGAAGGCCCUGUAAGCCAAAAAUUAUAUCAUACUGUCAGAACAUAAAAGAAACGGAGAAAACUAAUGCUUAACCCUCGCCUUAAACACUAGCAGUUCAAAAAUAUUCCAUAUAAUCAACCAAAAAAUAUUUAUUACAUUUUAUGUUUAGGUAUCAUAUUUCAAGGUAGGGGUAUCCCAAAGAUUUAUUGAACUUUAACAUAUAAAUUGAAAAUUUUACUUUUCAUCGUAUGUAUCAAAAUUUCAUAGAGAAUUUAACUGUGACAUUAGUUUCGCAGUACGAUGAAGGUAAAAAAGUAAAGAAACCUAUUUUCGCCAACUAGAUAGAAUUUUGUAUUUUUUUGUUACGUCCAGCCUCAGUCCAGUGUAACAGCAAACAUUAGAAUGAGGUAGGACAUGAAUGGAGAUUUUCUGCUUGUUGUGGGACCUCAUUGCACCGAUGAUAUUCUGUUAUGGAACUCCCACAGAUUGUUGUUUCAGUGUCCAUUGCAGUUUUUUUUUGCUUUAUUGGAAUUCCAGUAUGGUGGCAGACAACCAAAGUUUAUCGAGCAAAUUUGCCUUUUGAGGAACUAAACGCGCUAGCAAAGUCUGUUGCACUGACGGUAAAAAGUAGGUGGAAUAUUUUCGUUGACCAGGAGAUAUUUCAAAAUAACUCAAAAAAUAUCGCAGGAUUGAAAGAUGCUUUCGACCUAGCAGUUAAAUACAGGUUGGCGAGCUACAACGUAGAAUCAAAUCUCUCGUUUUUGGAAAAAAUAAACGCCGAUUUGAGAUAUCUUAUUGACACUUUUGAUGGAACCCCAGAGAAUGCAUAUACAUUGAGCAAUCUUGUAGAAGAACUAAUUGGAGAUGAAGGAGACUCUAAAGAUUUAUUACAGCAGAACGUCUUAUUUACUAGAGGGAAUAACUCAUUUUCAGGGCCUAACGACUGUCACCUGAUUUUGGGUACAACCAAUUUGAUUGCUCUUUUGAACAAUGCUGACCUUAAAAGUGACGAUUUGCAGAAGUGCAUGGAAAAAAUUGCUUUAGAUUUCAAUGGUUUAUAUCCUGAAAUUAAAUUUAAUCUGACCAAUAAAGAUGCUUUGGAAAAUAUGAGCAAAAUAGCACCAACUCACAGUGCAACUGGCCUUGAAAUAGCCUUUUCACUGGCAAAUGCAAAUCCUUUUGAUUUUACCGUUGACUGGAACAUAGAGGAAGCAAUAGAGGACAAUUUAAAACCAUUUCUGAAAGAGUUAGCCUACUUUGGACCAUAUGUUGUGACAUCACAAGUACUCAAUUUUGUUGAUGUUGGGAUAUCUCCAAAGAAAUCUAAAAAAGAGGGGUAUUUUUACUCAAAGAAGAUGCUACCUUUAUUGAUAAACCCUCUCCAAACAAGGCUGAGUGAGUACACAUCAAACAAUCCAAUAUUGAAUUUCAUCUUAUAUGUUCCACCAAAUUCAGAUAUGCCACUAAAAAUAAGAAACAAAGGGAAUAACCACAAAGCUUUCCUGAGUCCAAGAUGGGGAGGAGUUGUUAUUAAGAAUAUUGACCUUGAUAGCAUUGGUACAUCUGAAAAUGAAACUGUUAAACAUGUUGACAUAGAUGUAAAGGAAGACAUGAAAAUGUUUGUUUUGCAGUUCAGGGAGUUAAUUGGCUUAAGUUACAAAGCUACAAAAGGUAGGACAGUCUCUGCUAUUGACCGACGUGGUGUGAUGAAAUGGGAAAUGUAUCAUUUGCUACUCUCAGAAACUGUUUCUAAUCUGAAGAAAUCAACAUCAACACUUGUUUCACUGACUGAGCUUCUUGAGAAAAUCUCAAACAUUGUGAUAAGGGAUGAUAUCAAAGAGCUAAUUGAAGCUGCAGUUUUAAAUAUUACAGACUCAAAAAAUUUCCUUGAAGAUGGACAGAUAGAGAAAGCAUUCAACUCAUCAAGGGCUGCUGUAUUCAACUCUGAAAAAGCAUUUUAUGACCAUUCACUCCUAGCUCUCCUUUACUUUCCAGAUGACCAAAAAUAUGCAAUUUACCUUCCCUUGUUCCUUCCAGUUGGUAUACCAGUCAUUUUAUCAUUUGUGUAUGCCAUCAAAUCUAUUAUUGAUUCUAAGAAAAAACCUAAGUCAGAGUAGCUUUCUACAGCAGUUUAGAAGUUUCUUUAUUUUAUCUUGAAAACAUUGCUAUUCAGUAUUCAUGCAGACAUUAAGAUUUUUAUGUCGCAAAGAUGUGAAAAGUAUUGUUGGGCCGUUAUAUCUUUAGCAAGCACAGAUCACAAAUACCACUACUGCAGAUCCUUGUUUUUUUGCCCCCUUGAAUAAGCCCCCCCCUUAAAAUGGGUACAGCAAUAAAAUUUAGGAGCUGCCCCAUAAAUUGCUAAUCUGUUAAGUUCACUUUAAUUUCAAAAUAUUGUUUUAUCAAGUGGGUUUCAUUGAAUCUUUAAAUAAACAUCAAGCUUAAACCUUCUUCUGUGUUCAUACCUUUAAAUAAGCUGUUUUUGGGUAAGCACUGAAGUCAAAAGGUCUGAAGAUUAAUUACAGGCUCUUGCAUGCUUGAUCAAGGAUUUAAGCAUGCCACAGGGGGGCCAUGGAGCCAUAGCCUUAGAUAAGUAGCCCCCUUUUUUGCCUCCCCCCACUUUGAAUUGGUGGAACAGGCUAUGUGGAAGCUUAUCAGUUUAUAGGCAGUUUUUAGAAAAGGUUAUAAUACAAGGGAGGCACUUUUGAAAAUCAUCUACAAGUUGUCAUACAAUUAGCUUGUUGUAGAGAUCGAAACAAAGUAUAGUUCUAAACACAAAAAAUAUAUUUGAGUCCAAGAUAUUCAGAGAUUUUAAUUGUUUUUGACAGUCUUUUUCCCAAUGUCAUGUUUAUUUUAUAUUUUUUUUAUUUGCUUCUGAACGUUUUAGCAAUCAUUGAUUAAAUGGAAUGCUCUCUCCUCGA